AUAUCAGCAACAACCUCUGUCAUGGACAUACAUCACGUAUGCUAUUUUAAGAUGAGAAUAGCGUCAAGAAAAAUAGAAGUGUUUGGCGGGGUAUGUAGGUCAGGGUAAUCGUACAGGUCCGCCUUAAUCUCGUCACGGAAAGUUGUAGUCUACAUACAUACUUCUGGUAUUUCUAUGGUUUUAAAGUCAAAUUUGAUUUCAAUAACGAAAUAUUUAUUACCCAGAUACCCUCAAAGUGUGAAAAAUCGAAACAGCUAACUGUAACUGCUUAAUCAAAAACGGUGAAAGGCACUGCAUUUGCUGCUUGGGCUAUAGUGUACGACUGUCAUGCUGAAAUGGCCGACUCUUGAGGCUGUGGGCCAGUGUGACAACCUCUGAAGUAUUUGAGCUUACACAACACUGCCCUGUCAGUAUUCAUAGACAGCUUGUAUAAUAAUAGGUAGGCUGAUAUCACGCAACAUUUUUUUCUGGUGAUAUUACAAUACACACAAAUCUGGACUUUUUUUUUUAAACUGUGAGAAUAAUAACAUCAGGUUGGACCAACAUCACCAUUUUCCCAGACAGUUGCAGUGUUCAUGAAUGGUGAGACAUUCCCCCAACCACACACACAUACGUGCAUGCAUGUGCACACAUGAACAUAUAAACACACAUAUUCAAGAUGUAAAAUAACAUCUUUAACACCUCACCAGUCCAAUAAAUAACUAGAGAAUUUCCUAGAGAAUGCAGAAUUAGUUCAAGAACAAUGACUGUUUUAUAAUUAUGGAAUUAGUUAUCUUGCUCAAAGGAACAUAUCUUAGGAAAUGUCAUGGUCCUAAUUUAUGACUAAGGUUUUAGCAGUGCGGAGGGAGGGGUUAAGAGGGUUUAUCCAGUGGUGUGCCACCACAUGCCCGCCUCCAGAACUCCCACAUGAGAUUGAGGGAUGAUGAGAGUUCCUCUUACAUGUGGACAGACACCUAGGAGCAGCUGGGUACUGGGAGGGGACAAGACUUACUGUUACGUGCUGGAUCACACACUGGAUCAACACUAAUCCUAGUGACCUGAACAGAACAUCAUGGGAGGCGUUGCACUGGACGAUGGACCCAGCGGUGUGAAGGCCCCGGAUGGCGGGUGGGGUUGGGCUGUGCUCUUCGGCUGUUUUGUCAUCACUGGGUUCUCCUAUGCCUUCCCCAAGGCUGUCAGUGUCUUCUUUAAGGAGCUGAUCAGAGAAUUCGGUGUGGGCUACAGUGACACGGCCUGGAUCUCCUCUAUUCUGUUAGCAAUGCUCUACGGCUCAGGGCCCCUGUGUAGUGUCUUAGUAAAUCGCUUUGGGUGUCGUCCUGUGAUGAUGGUGGGUGGCCUCUUUGCAUCCGCCGGCAUGAUCUUGGCAUCCUUCGCCACCAACAUUAUUCACAUCUACCUAAGCACAGGCGUGAUCACUGGUUUGGGUCUUGCGCUGAACUUCCAGCCCUCCCUCAUCAUGCUGAACCGAUACUUCAGUGAGAAAAGGCCUCUAGCCAAUGGGCUUGCGGCAGCUGGGAGCCCUGUUGCACUGUGCUGUUUGUCUCCACUGGGCCAAGCUCUUCAGUACUUGUAUGGCUGGCGCGGUGGUUUCCUCAUCCUGGGAGGCAUGCUCCUUAACUGCUGCGUAUGUGGUGCCCUCAUGAGGCCCUUGAUGGCACCGAAGAAGACUGAGGAGGACCAGGAAGCACCAAAGACGGAGGACGAGAAACCAAAGCGUAAGCUGCUGGACUUCAGUGUCUUUAAAGACAGAGGAUUUCUCAUCUACACUAUAGCAGCAGCUAUUAUGGUGUUGGGUCUGUUUGUGCCACCAGUGUUUGUCGUCAGCUAUGCCAAAGAGCUGGGCAAUGAGGAUACCAAGUCUGCCCUUCUGCUCACCAUCCUUGGCUUCAUUGAUAUUUUUGCCAGGCCCACGUGCGGCGUUAUUGCCGGACUGAAGUGGGUACGCCCACGCUGUGUCUACUUUUUUAGUUUUGCCAUGAUCUUCAAUGGUACCACUGAUCUUAUAGGCUCCAUGUCAAAGGACUAUGCGUCUCUGGUAGUUUUCUGCAUCUUCUUUGGUAUUUCCUAUGGUAUGGUGGGCGCCUUGCAGUUUGAAGUGCUAAUGGAAAUUGUGGGAACAGAGAAAUUCUCCAGUGCCAUCGGUCUGGUAUUACUGGUAGAAGCCGUUGCUGUGUUAGUGGGGCCACCUGGGGCAGGGCGGCUACUGGAUGCCACCAAGGUCUACAUGUACGUCUUCCUGCUGGCAGGCUGUGAGGUGGUCCUCUCAGCUCUUGUACUGUGCAUCUGCAAUAUCAUCUUCAUCAGGAAGCCCCAGAAACCUGACCCUUCUGCCAAGAUGGAGAUGGCUGUGACAGAAGCUGAGAUGGAGCAGCUCAACAGUGUUCCUCGGGAUGAGCACCAGGAUGGAGAUGAAGGGCAGCCAGAGAAUAUGGAGGUAGGAGAACAAAGUGUCAAGCAAACAAGAGGAAAGCAGGUGGAGGAACCACAAAAGUCCACAGGGGAACCAGACAAAGCCGAGAGCAGCAAAGACGAAGAGGGUGCAAAGGACCCUGCACAGAAGGACUCUAAAGAGGCAACGAAAACAAAUGGAUGUGUGGUGGAACCCGAAUCUUCUCUGUGAUGAUGUUACCAUGAGAAACUGAACAUGCACUGAGGAUGUUCUUGAUUAAGGAAGAAUAUUGCAGUCUUGUGUGUUUAGUACUUUAAUGUUGUAAGCUUUACUGUACUGUGAUGAAACCAUGUUUUAUGGUCCCUUAAUUACCUUACUAUACUCAAUCCCAUCAUAUGUAACACAAUAACAAAAUCUCAUCCUCUUGACCAGUUACAAAAAAGGCUAUAUCCCUAACAACAUAAAUAAGACUAGCUAAUUAAGUAUAUGAAGGAUCACAGGUAAGCAGUUUGAAAAGAAGUUAACCACUUAACAGAUUGUAUGGUAGUAAUUCUCCAUUUUAAAUCCACUAGGUUGAGGAAGCCACGUUUUUAAAUACUCAGUAUGCAGGUACGAGGUUGAUCUGAGGAGAUGUAUGGAGCUACACAGAUUACUUAAAUGUGCAGGAGUGAGAUUAAGAGGAAUUAACUCUGGCACUUUUAGAAAUGGAGCCACGUCUUUGGCCAGUAACCAUUCACAGCAAAAGGGCAUCAGUAUGUCUGUGAACAUAAUGUUUGAUUCUCUGUUGCAUGUAGCAUUGGCUACUGUAUAUUGUGUGUAUUGUACAUUAACCUAACUGUAGAACAUUGUAGUUGAACUAGCCCUGAGUGAGUGCGAGCAUAAAAAUAUAAAUUGUUAUAGUUCAUGUUCUAAAGUUCAACAUUGGUCUUAUGUUAAGUAACUCAAAAUAAAAGGUGUAACUUGUA